GGAGACUCCAGCUCUGCUUCAUGACUUGCCAUUCUCAGCUUUCAACUUGCUGCUCCAACUCUGCUCCAGGUGUAAAUUGUAUCUAGAAAGUCAUUAAGGAGGUAAAAGUCUGAUCUGCAAACAUGAAUAACUCAAGCCUAAUCAACAUGUCCUCAACAAAUGAGACCAUGAUGGGAAGCCCAUACAAAACAGUAGAGGUGGUCUUCAUUGUCAUUGUGGCUGGAUCCCUCAGCUUGGUCACCAUCAUCGGAAACAUCUUGGUCAUGGUCUCCAUAAAAGUCAACCGACACCUACAGACUGUCAAUAACUAUUUUUUGUUCAGCUUAGCAUGUGCUGACUUGAUCAUCGGAGUCUUCUCCAUGAACCUCUACACUCUCUACACUGUGAUUGGGUAUUGGCCGAUAGGACCUGUGGUGUGCGACCUUUGGUUGGCCUUGGAUUAUGUCGUCAGCAAUGCUUCGGUCAUGAACCUUCUCAUUAUCAGUUUUGACAGGUAUUUCUGUGUCACGAAACCCCUAACCUAUCCAGUGAGGCGAACCACCAAGAUGGCUGGUAUGAUGAUUGCUGCCGCUUGGGUUCUCUCUUUUAUUCUGUGGGCACCUGCUAUACUUUUCUGGCAGUUCAUUGUUGGUGGGAGAACUGUCCCAGAAGGAGAGUGCUACAUUCAGUUUUUCUCAAAUGCCACGGUCACAUUCGGCACGGCUAUUGCUGCCUUCUACCUACCUGUCAUUAUCAUGAUGGUAUUGUACUGGCAGAUUUCACGAGCAAGCAAGAGUCGGAUAAAGAAGGGCAAAAAAGAGCCAGCACCUACUCAAGAGCCAAUAUCUCCUAGUAAUGUCCAAGGGAAAAUUGUCAAACCAAAUAAUAACAAUGUUUCUGCCAACGUAGAUGGCUUAAAUCAGGGCAAAAUCCAAAAUGGCAAAGCCACAAGCAACUCUGGGAUUGAAAACUGCGUUCAGACAGAAGGAGAAGAAAAAGAGAUCUCCAAUGACUCCACAUCAGUCAGUGUCAUCAACACCAAGGAUGAAGGUGCCGCCAAAGACGUCCCACAGGCUUCGGGAUCUCAACCCAAUCCAAAGAUGGAGAAUUCUAAGCUCACGUGCAUUCGAAUAGUGACAAAGUCCCCAAAGGGAAAUUGCUCUAAUACCGCCAGCACCACCGUGGAGAUUGUACCAGGGACAAACGGACGCAACGGAGAAGACAAGCAGAACAUCAUUGCCCGCAAAAUCGUAAAGAUGACCAAACAGCCUCCUAAGAAGAAGCUCCCACCUUCCAGAGAGAAGAAAGUCACAAGAACAAUCUUGGCCAUUCUGCUGGCGUUCAUUAUCACCUGGACACCGUACAACGUCAUGGUUUUAAUCAACACCUUUUGCGACGUCUGCGUGCCCAACACCGUUUGGACAAUUGGCUACUGGCUUUGUUAUAUCAACAGCACCAUCAACCCUGCUUGCUACGCUCUCUGCAAUACCACCUUUAAGAAGACUUUUAAGCACCUCCUCAUGUGCCAAUAUAAGAACAUCGGCUCGGCAAGGUAAAAAAUACUCAGAGGAGGGGAUGAAACGCGAGCUGCCAUUUAAAUAUAAUGCCAUAGCACUUUACACUCAUAUACGGAAUGUGCAAUCGAAGAACCUUGUUUGGACAUGAACAGGUGGGUCUUCUCCACCCGCACUUAGAACUUGGAAACCAUUGAAGAGAAGGAAGUUGACCUGGAUACAAUAUCGGGCUCUUUCAUCGACAAACUUUCAAGGGCUCCUUGGCUCCCCAGUUUAUUCCAUGUCUGUAUUACUAAAAUAUUCACACUUUUAACGUGUUGUUAUGUCUACAGGAAAUUAACGAUGGAGGCGUAAACGUUGAACAAAAGAGGGGGUUUUUUUUACAGCGUAGAUAAAAAUGACGAUUUCGGACAUUGAAAUGACUCCUGAAUCCCAAGUUUGACGCAGAGGUUUUUUUUUUUUCACAUUUAUCCUAAGCGUUAAAACUGGUUCUUCUGUGCCUCAGUGUUUUCAGUGACUUGUCUAUAAAAAU